AAAUUACGCCCUGCGCCUUUAAGAAGCAGUCAGGAGGAUUAGAGUUACUGUCCGAGUCGCGCACCGCAGCGCUUUUGCCGCAGAGAGCAGCGCCGUUUGUCCGCUGGUUCUCCUGCGUGGAUCGGGUCCACUCCACGCUGCGACAUGGCCGAGCUGGGGAAGGGCGUAACGGCCGGGAAGCUGGCCCUGAACGUCCAGAAGAGGCUGAACCGGGCCCAAGAGAAGGUCCUACAGAAGCUCGGUAAAGCUGAUGAGACGCGGGACUCCGCCUUCGAGGAGCUGGUGGCUAACUUCAACAAGCAGAUGACAGAGGGCAGCAAGGUGCAGCGAGACCUGAAGGCCUACCUGGCAGCGGUCAAAGCGAUGCACGAGGCGUCGCGGCGGCUGCAGGACUGUCUGGCUGACAUGUAUGAACCCGACUGGUUUGGAAAGGAGGAGCUGGAUGCUCUAGUGGAGGAGAUGAUAGAGAAGGAGCUGGACAACAACCUGGAGGACACGGACACGCUGUGGUUGGACUACCACCAGAACCUGACGGACAAAUCCCUGCUGGGCCUCGACACGUACCUGGCCCAGUUCCCAGAGAUCAAGGCUCGCGUAGCGAAGCGCGAGAGGAAGCUGGUGGACUUUGACAGCGCCCGCCAUCACUUCGCCUCCUUGCAGAAAGGGAAAAAGAAAGAUGAUGCCAAGAUCGCCAAGCCUGCCGCCCUGCUAGAGAUGGCCGCCCCCAGCUGGGCUCAGGGCCUGAUCUCCGCCCACCAGGUGGCACAGACUAACCUCUCCUACAACCAGGCGGAAGAGGAACUGGGCCGGGCUCAGAGGAUCUUUGAGGAGCUGAAUGUGGAGCUGCAGGACGAGCUCCCGGUUCUGUGGGACAGUCGUGUUGGGGUCUAUGUUGGCACAUUCCAGAGCCUGGCAGGACAUCAGGAGAAGUUCCACAGAGAGAUGAGCAAGCUGAGCCACAACCUAAACGACAUCAUGACCAAACUGGAGGAGCAGCGGCAGCUCAAAAAAGACGCGACUGCAGCCGCAAAGAAAGGCGGCGCAAAGAGUGAGGAAGCCAACCACAGCCAGGCCAGCAGCCCGGCUCCAAAGAAGCUUGGCCCGCCGCCCAGCCGGCCUCCUCCCAGACUGUCACCGUCUCCAGACCCAAAGCAGCAGAUCGCCGCCCUGCUGGAGGACGAGGCUGCAGCUCCAGACUCUGACUCAGACCCAACCAGCAUAACGCAGCAGACGCCAUCUUGGGACUCGUGGCGAGACGAGUGUGGCGCCGAGCCGCUGUCCCAGCAGGAUGCAGAACAGGAGGCCCAGAGCGGCUGGGACCACAGCAGCUACCAGAGCCACGGCCAGCCCAGCUGGGACAACACUGACCUGGCCGAAGGUCAGGACGGCGGCGCUGCAGAGCGGGGACAGGCAGCUCAGGCGUUCAGCGAGCCGGACUGGGACGAGGGUGGAGCCGGCGAGGGGCCGGGCGGCUGGGGCGAGGAGGACGAGGAGGAGAGCUCUGUGACCAACGGCGCCGAUGCUGACCUUCCUCCAGGGUUCCUCUACAAGGUGAAGGCGGUGCAUGAGUACACGGCAACGGACAACGACGAGCUGGAGCUGAAGGUCGGAGACGCCGUCCUGGUUUUGGCUGUUGAUAAUCCUGAGGAACAGGACGACGGCUGGCUGCUGGGCGUCAAGGAGUCUCACUGGUUCCUCAAGAAAGAUAUUUCAGCCAAAGGGGUUUUCCCUGAGAACUUCACCCAGAAGGUCUGAUGGUGGCGCUGCAGCUCAUCCCCAACCUGAAGCUCCUCUUCAUCCCUGAUGACGGCGGUUAGCUCUGAAAGCUAACAUCGUAGCAAACAGCGAUGGAGACCAGUGCCUGUCCACAUGUUUCUGCAACCAUCUAGUUCUUCUUCUGCAAGUUUCAACGACUUUUUAGUAAAUAAAAAUAAACGGAUGUAAUAAAGAA